CAGUCUGAAUCUCACAUUCUUCCUAAACCAGUAUUUAUCCUCAAUUCCUAACACAUCAAAUCUACGCGCCUAAAUUGUCAUAAUUAAAACCGAGUAUUGUUCAACAUUGGCUUAACUGCUGUGGCGUUUGAAUGACAUGCUCAGGCUAUUAUUAAAGGCCUCGCCAAUUAAUUAUUAUCUUUGAUUAGUGGCUUUGCAGCGUGAAUGUUCAUGUAAGUUUAAGCUGUAGCACUAGCUGCUGCAUAUCUUAACUCGUUUAGGAAAAAAGAGAGACAAGGACAAACGAUUUAGGACGGUAAUAUAGCUCUAACAGUGCGGAAAGCGUACCGUUCCACUCCGAAAACAAACGAAAAAGCCACAAAGGCUCACCUAUUUCUUCCUUAAUCGGUUCUCACCCAAACGCAACCAUAAGGUUCCUACCGCAUCCUCCCCCUUCCCCCUCCUUUCGCUCAAAUAUAUCCCAUUUUUUAAAUUUGGUUUGGUCCCGUAAAUUUUCAAAUAUUUAUUUCCUAUACAUCAAGAGGAAAGGGGGUCCCCCUUUCAUGGAAUGCGGCAACAUGGGUGUGUUUGACCGCGGAGUUCAGAUGUUAUUGACCACGGUGGGCGCGUUCGCCGCCUUCAGUCUCAUGACCAUCGCGGUGGGCACGGACUACUGGCUGUACUCGCGCGGCGUGUGUAAGAUCAAGAGCAACAACGAGAACGAGACCAGCAAGAAGAACGAGGAGGUGAUGACCCACUCGGGACUCUGGAGGACAUGUUGCUUGGAAGGAAACUUCAAAGGAUUGUGUAAGCAGAUAGAUCACUUUCCAGAAGACACAGAUUAUGAAGCAGAUGCCUCGGAGUACUUCUUACGAGCCGUACGAGCGUCUAGUAUCUUCCCCAUCCUCAGCGUCAUCCUGCUCUUCAUGGGUGGCCUGUGUAUAGCUGCCAGCGAGUUCUACAAGUCCCGUCACAAUAUCAUCCUCAGUGCAGGAAUCCUCUUUGUGUCCGCAGGCCUCAGUAACAUCAUUGGCAUGAUCGUGUACAUAUCAGCCAAUGCGGGGGAUCCCUCAAAGAGCGACUCCAAGAAGAACAGCUACUCGUAUGGCUGGAGUUUCUACUUUGGUGCUUUAUCCUUUAUCAUGGCUGAAAUGGUGGGCGUGCUGGCCGUGCACAUGUUCAUCGACCGGCACAGGGAGCUGCGGGCAGGCGCGCGGGCUGCAGAUUACCUGCAGGGCUCUGCUAUCACACGCAUCCCCAGCUAUCGGUACCGCUACCGGCGCCGCUCCCGCUCCUCAUCCCGCUCCACAGACCCCUCGCACUCCCGCGAUGCCUCACCGGUGGGCUUGAAGGGCUUUGGGGCUCUACCCUCCACCGAGAUCUCCAUGUACACACUCACCCGUGGGGGCGACACCCUAAAGGGCGGCCACGGUACUCCCACCGCCACCUACAAUUCGGAGAGGGACCACAACUUCCUGCAGGUCCACAACUGCAUCCAGAAGGACUUGAAAGACUCAUCCCACACUAACACAGCCAACCGACGCACCACCCCCGUAUGAGGCACAACCUCCCCCCAUAUAGAUAGCUGGGUGAGGGAGACAGGAGCAGGGCAGAGAGGGGGCGGAGGCCCGAAAUAUUAUAGACAAAACUUCAUGUACCAUGUGUUUUCCUGAUUUGGAGAAACCGGGAGGAUUUUUACAUUUCGAUCAGAGAUUACACAUGUAUGCAUGACUUUGCCAUUUGCCAUUGACAAAAUGAUGCUGGUUUGAAAUGAAGAAAGGCUAUAAGAGAUAUGCAGAAGGGUUCUUUCGGCCCGUGACAUGGGAGCUGUAGCUUGUGACAUUGAAUUGACAUGUUUUUGUUAAGGAAGCAUUUCACCACCCAUCGGUCUACAUGGAUCAGCAAGCUACUGCUCCCUCAUAAGUCUUCUUCCGCUCUCCACUAUAUUCAUCAUAUUUAUUUGCUCAUUUGUUAUUUGCAUUAAAAAAAAAACUGUGAACCACUGCAGUAAGGUAUUCAGUAAGAAAUAGCCCGGUCUGCAAUCUCUUACAAAAGGUACAAUAUAUAUAUACAUAUAGUAUAUAUAUAUAUAUAUAUAUAUAUAUGUGUGUGUGUAAAUAUAUAUUAAUUUUAUAAAUAAAUCAACAUAAUAAUCAAGACUUUUCUGAGGCAAAAAAAAGUCAAACUGCUGUUUGUUGGAGCUACGACUGUAGCUGGACGACUGAUGAAAUCACAGAGAAUCUUCACUGCAAAGCUGCUGUACCACGAGACUGACAAAGACGUUCAACCUUAGACAAAAUUCUAUUCUUUUAAAAGAACCUUCUCAUCUUUUUCUCAGUCCCUGUUUGCUUCCUUUUUUUGUCUACUCUCGCAUUUGGUCGUCAUGGGAGCGAACGACAGAAGAAGAAAAAACGCAAACCCCUUGGCUGGCACGAGUGACAAAAAGGGGUCAGACUUCGCUGAAAGACUCCAGAAACGACUGCCAAGACGAAAAAAAGGGAGGAGGGGGGAGCAAAAGAAGAGGAUGCUGAACUCUUAAUAAAUACUUGCAAGAACGCAAGUGACAAAUAAAGUACGAAAUAUUACGAGAAAUGAAGCUAAGUGACUCACGAAUACAAAGAUUAAAUGCAUGCUAUAAAUUUACAGCAAACCUGCUCUUGAAACUUAAGUUUUAAAGGAUAAUGAUAAUUAUAAAGGGAAAAGCAAUGUUAAAAAAGUUAAAUAUUAAUGUUUUGUGUACUUUCUGUUUUGGUUUUUAUUAUUAUUAAUUAUAUUAUUAUUAUAAUUAAUCAUUAUAAUAAUAUACUUGGGUGAAAAACCAAGCAAACAAAAUAUGACAAAACUGAUUUUUUUUUUUUAAUUCUGAGUUGGUUGUUUCUUUCUAUCCAAGUGCAUUUCAUUUACUCCUUUCUUUUUCUCGGAAUCACACGCCUUAGUCAUUUCAUAUUUCUAUGGAUUCAUUUUAAAAGUGUCGUUUUCUUUGAAAUGAAAUCUAAAGGUGCCAAAACAGAAUGAUCCUAAACUUGGAUGCAUCAAGUCCUGAUGAAUAAACAGACAAACCCAAGGGGGAACGAA